GAACAACCUAAGGUACUAAGGCAAGGUUAAGCAAAUAAAUGGAAGAAGAAGAAGAAGAUAUUUAACCAAACAAUUCUUGUAGCAAAAAGUCUAUAGUUUUAUCAAAUUUUAUACUGUGGUAUAUAUUUUGGAUUUCUGUUUAUAUUUAAUAUAUAAAUGGCUAUCAAUCAAAUUAAUAGACUUUUUAAAAACCUUUUACUUCAAAGUCAUAAAACUGUACAGGCCAGAUCUCUAUUUACAUCACCACUGAAUCUGAGAGAUGUUGUGGACAGAAAGGAAAUGCUAAGGUCUAUGCCUGCAAUAGAUGAAGGAACGCAUGGCGAAAAAUCGAUUGAUAUUGAUUCUUCCAUUACCAAGAGAGAUAUUUUUCCCACUAUUGAUACUCCAAACAAAUUAUUUAAUGGAAUUCCUUUUAAAGACCUACCUAUUUUUAAUAUUAGAGUUACAAGGAAUAAUACCAUUCUUUGUUUGAGUGAUGCAAAAGGAACACCUAAACUAAUAAGAUCUUGUGGAGUAGAAGGAUUUAAAAAUACUAAAAAAGGAACAAAUAUUGCAGCUCAAGCAACAGCCAUUACAGCAGGAACAAAAGCGCUAGAUCAAGGAUACAAGAUAGUCAGAGUAAGAGUAAGAGGACUGGGACCUGGUCGAAUGGCUGCAAUAAAAGGACUACAGAUGUCAGGUUUAGACAUAGUUUCAAUUACAGAUAGUACAAGAGUGUCAUGGACUGGACCUAGACCACGAAAGCAGAGAAAGCUUUAACACAUUUUACAAUUAGGUAGUGUUUUAAAUUAAAUACUUAGAAUAAAGUAUCAACAU